AUGCCCGCUGCCCAAUAUGACAACACUCGCUCAUCACCGACAUGCCCCAUUUACAGAACACCCGGAAAGGACCUCGAGGAAAGGCUGAACAAGGAAUUUGGCCCCGGGAACCCCUUCUACGAAGACUUCUGCACGUACAUUAGGCAAGGCCUCACGGAAGGCUGGGUCGCUGAGACGGAAAUCUCGGGCCCCAACUACAAACGAGGCAAGAUUGCGCUUCCCUCCGCCGAGACUCGCUAUUUCAGCAUCACAACAGUGUACAUGAACAGCCAGGAAGAAUUCAAGGGCCAGUACCACAGACACCCAUACGGGGAGAUCAACUGCGUCGUGCAGAUUGAUGACACGGCAGAACUGAUGGGGAUGCAGGGCUGGCAGGGCGCUGGCUGGACUUCGCCUGGGCCCGGGACGCAUCAUUAUCCGCAGGUUAGAGGCGGCGCGCUGGUGGCAUUGUUUUUCUUGCCUGCCGGCAGGAUUGCGUAUAAUGCCACGCCAGACAUGCCUCAGCCUCUGAGUGUUUAG